AUGGUUGAUCGUAAGGCAGUUAUCAAGAACGCUGACAUGUCCGACGACAUGCAGCAGGAUGCCAUCGACUGCGCCACUCAGGCUCUUGAGAAGUACAACAUUGAGAAGGACAUCGCUGCCUACAUCAAGAAGGAAUUCGACAAGAAGUACAACCCAACCUGGCAUUGCAUUGUUGGAAGAAACUUCGGCAGCUAUGUGACUCACGAGACGAAACAUUUCAUUUACUUCUACCUCGGACAAGUUGCCAUCCUUCUUUUCAAGUCCGGUUAA